GAUUUUGAAUAUAUCUGCUGUUCGCCUAUCACAGGUAAUCCCAUGUUUUUAUAUAAUCGUAGUUUAUGGGUUAGCAAGUAAGUGCAGGCAGCAACCAGUCCCUCCGUCUUGUGAAUGUGGAGACCUCUCCGGACUCACAAUUAAAGGCUACAUAAUGUAUUCCACUACAAGUGACGAAACCUGGCUCCCAGAAUAACGAGCAAGACGACUUUUAAGCAAGACGACUUUUAAAGUGACUGCUGUUGACCAGUGUCCUCUCUGCAUUUGUCGGGGAAGCUUGCGGUGGAUUUUUCAGAAGGAUGGUCUGACUUAGUCUGAAUUACUCUUGAGAAGGGCUGAGUCUUCCUGAAGGUGAUACAGGUGGCUUAUUGUACAUAUCAACAAGGUGGCCACAAUUCUGUAUGACUCAAACAAGGUGUCCCUCAAGUCUGUAUGACUCAAACAAGACUCUGUGAAGUUGUCCUUCUGAUUGGAUACAGGAAGAAAAUGCUGAAAAUAGUGGCCACAGAUGUCUUUAAUUCCAAAAACCUGGCCGUUCAGGCACAGAAGAAGAUCUUGGGUAAAAUGGUGUCCAAAUCUAUCGCCACGACCUUGAUAGAUGACACGAGCAGUGAGGUGCUGGAUGAGCUCUACAGAGUGACCCGGGAGUACACCCAGAACAAGAAGGAGGCAGAGAAGGUCAUCAAGAACCUCAUCAAGACGGUCAUCAAGCUGGCCAUUCUUUACAGGAAUAAUCAGUUUAAUCAAGAUGAGCUGGCACUGAUGGAGAAAUUUAAGAAGAAGGUUCAUCAGUUGGCCAUGACGGUGGUCAGUUUCCAUCAGGUGGAUUACACCUUUGACCGGAACGUGCUGUCCAGGCUGCUGAACGAGUGCAGAGAGAUGCUCCACCAGAUCAUCCAGCGCCACCUCACUGCCAAGUCACAUGGACGGAUUAAUAAUGUCUUCGAUCAUUUUUCAGAUUGUGAAUUCUUGGCUGCCUUGUAUAAUCCCUUUGGAAAUUUUAAGCCCCAUUUACAAAAACUUUGCGAUGGUGUCAACAAAAUGUUGGAUGAAGAGAACAUAUGAGCGUGUGAAUUAAGGUUGUGACUGACCAUGAUCCAUUUGAAGAUGGAGCACUGCUGAUUUAUGAAGGAAGAAAAGAAGAAUUUUCUAAAGAUUACACAUGACUUCAGGAAGACUUUGCCCGGUGCGGUCAUCAGACCUUAUUGAUAGUGCUUUUAUGAGGCUUGUUUUAUUUGAGGAAAAGCAUAUUGCCAAAAAUUCUGGUUAAAAGCUUCCUAAUGGGUCACAGAUCAUGGGAAAGAUGUGUGGUUGGGUAAUGCAGAUGUAUAGUUACAGAGAAAAACACAGGUGCUCCAGACCUUCAGACAUUUUUUUUAGGGCAGCUGUUGUGUUGGUGGCACAUUGGAUAUUUCUAACAUGUACAGAAUCCUGUAUUUUGAUUCACUUUUAUUCCUUCCUAUGUAUAUGUUACCUCUUUUGAAAAGCCAAGAGCUUUCUCUUGCUGUCAUUACUCCUUUGAAACAA